UCACGUCGCGCAGGGCCAGCACGCUCAAGAUGGCCCAGGACCUGGUGGGGCUGUCCCAGGAGCUGGAGUGGGACGCCAGCGCCCCGGAGCUGACGCUGCUGCGCGAAACAGUGGGCGGCAUGCGCAAGACGAGGAACGUGACGGCCUUCUUCGUGGUCACCAUCCCCACCAUGAUGGUGGUGUCGCCGCUGCUGACGGGCGAGCUCACCAUGUCGUUCUACCCCAAGCCGGAGGGCGCGUUCUGGUACUUUGUGUGCCUGUGCCAGACGGUGGGCACCGUCACCUGCCCGCUCUGCGUCAACGCCAUCAUCUUCACGCUGCUGCUCCUCUCGCACGGCACCGCCGCGCUCAUCAACUGCAUCGCCAUCCGCAUGGAGGCACGUCCUGGGGAGGGACUUCCCUAGUAUCCCUACAUCCCCGAAGGGAUAACGGAGGGCUCUAUUGGCCCCCAGCGUCAGGCCGUCCGGCCGUCGCCCACCGGAUCGCUGAG